AUGGAGGAAGAAAUCCAAAGAUUGAAGAAAAUAAUUAUUGAUAAGCUUGAGAAGAUUACUGUCCUCCAGGUAGAUGAACAGGAUCUCAGCGAGAACUUGCAGUUGAAAAAUGUCACAAAGGAAGACAUCAAAAACAACGAUGCAGAUCUCCUUUUUAAAAACAAUCAAGCUCUCCGAGAAGAGCUCAAAAAGGAAAUCGAAAACAUAUUUCAGGAUAAAUGUUACAGGAAUGCUGUCCUCCAAGCAGAAAAAGAAAAUGUGAACCAGCAUGCCCAGGGGACAAGCGGUCCAAAAGAAGCUCUCGUAGAAGAUAAUCAAAGCUUAAUGACAAUAAUUGAGCAUGAGUGUAAGAACAAUGCUGUCAUCAAGACCCUGAAAGAAGAUGUCCAGGAGCUUCCCAAAAAGUUGCGUGACGGAGAAGAGGUCAUGAGACGUAACCAUGAGACUCUGCAACAAGAAGUGCAGGAGUCAAAAGACAUUCAGCAAGAACUUAAGGUUUUUGAGCACAGGUAUACACUGAAAGAGGACAAUGAGUCCACAGGCAAACAAAAGAACAGCCUGGAACAAGAACUUCAGGAGGUCAAGAACAUGCUCAGACUAGAGAAAGACUUGUGGGCUCAGGACCAGCUCAAAGCUUCUCAGAGGGAGAAAGCGCUUUGUGAUGAAAUGCAGACGCUCCACACUCAUUUGAAGUUAAAUAUGAAGAAAGUUGAGAACAUGCAGAGAGAAAUCGAGUCCCUUAUUGAGAGUCCUGAGGUGCAAGCUCUUAAAGUCAAGACUAUUGCUGAUCAGAUCAAUGCAGAGCAUCUUUCUAGCUACAGCCUUAGGAAAGGGACGGACUGCCUCCAGGCUGAAUUCUUGGCCGUCUUCAAGGAUGAUGACGAGGUCUACCUGCAGUUGCAGAUGGUUCCGGCACCUGGUCUGCACUCUGUGAUUGGGUAG